AGUCAAUGUAAAAUGCAGAGAUUUGUGUUGUUGUGUGAAUUUGUUUGAGUGAUCAUAGACGUAUUUUAUGUUAAACUGAAUUAAAAGUAAACAAUCAAAAUGGAAAACAAGUCACCAAUCUCACUUUUAUACGAAUUCUGCUCAAUCAAUCAUAUUGGAGAGCCUACAUUUAACUUAAUCAUGGACCGUACCUGCGUGUUAGAUACUGAAUUUAUGUUCGAGGUAUAUAUAAAUUGGGAAGGAUCAAGAUUACGAGCUACAGGGAAAGGAAAAAAUAAAAAGGAAGCUAAGCAUGAUGCCGCAAAAGCCAUGCUUGAACAGACCUCGAAAUUGAACAGUCCUCUGGCUAAAAAUGUUAUUGUUCCACAAGAAACGUCACCCAAAACAGAUCGACACGAAGCAAUUAAAGAGCUAAUGGAUGUAUGCCAUGAUCGCAACCUGCCGGCACCUGAAUUUGUUUUGAUCGCCGAUGAGGGGCUUCCACAUUUGAAACAAUUUACCAUAAAGUGCAAGGUGGCGACAUUCGAGAGAGAUGCAACUGCUGCUACUAAAAAGGCUGCUAAGCAAUUAUCGGCUUAUAACAUGGCCCAGCUAUUGCAAACUUUAAAGGAAAUAGAUGUACCUAAACCAAAACCAGUUAAAUUUCCUUCAUUAGUAUUGAAUAAAGUUAUGUUUGAAUCCCGCAAACCAAAUUUAUAUGAUGACUGUUUUGCAUCGCUUGAUGUGGGAAAGCGCCAAGCGGCUAUAAACAUUCUGCAGGAUAACUCGUUAGGACACGAAGAAAAAAUGAAAAAGACCUUAGAUUUUUUAAAUCUUAAAUUUAAAAUAUUCACACGUCCAACAAUUAAGAAAUCAUUUCUGUAUUUUCUGGAAGUAUUAGAAACGGAACCAGAACUAAUGGUUUUUGAAACUAGUUUGCCAUUAUUAUAUGAGAAAACUAAUGAAUACUUGAACGUAUUUUUAAUUUAAUUUAUUUUAAGAGCAGCCU